AACCUGCAGAAGCUGCUCGUGGAGCUGCAGGUGUCCCAGAGGGUCUCGAGUGUCCUGGCUGCUCCCCGGGACCCCGACCCCGUCGCCCUUCUAAACCUCUCCACGCUGUGAGAGCAGGCAAGCUGCGUGACUGGCCUGGACAGCAGCUCGAGCAGGAGAGCGCUGAGCAGCACAGCUUCCUCGCAGCCCCCGAGACGCACGCACACCUCAUGCGUUUUGAUUUCUUUUCUUAGGCACCCAAAAAAAAAGGUGGCAAAAAAGGGAAAGUGGGCAAAGCUCCAGCAGUGGUGGAUGGCUUGUCCCCCAAGGACAUGAGCAAGGAGCAGGUGAGAGCUUGCCACAUAUCCCAGCCUACCCCCAAGGUCAGAGGACACUGAAGUUUGUGAGAACAUUAGCAGAGGCCGGUGCUCGAUGUUUGGUUCAGGCUCCAGGGAUGACAGGUGGCAGAGCUGGAGGAACACAUUGCGCGUCUCCAGGAGGAGCUGGACCAGAAAUGGCAAGAGCGAAACUAUUUCCAGCUGGAGCGUGACAAGAUUCACACCUUCUGGGAGAUCACCCGUCGGCAGCUGGAGGAGAAGAAAGCAGAACUGCGUAACAAGAACCGGGAGAUGGAAGAGGCGGAGGAGCGACAUCAAGUGGAGAUCAAGGUUUACAAGCAGAAGGUGAAGCACCUGUUGUACGAACACCAGGAAAACCUCACUGAGCUGAAGGCAGAGGGCACCCUGUCCAUGAAGCGGGCCCAGAAGGAUCACUGGGCUCAGGAGAUGGAGCUGCGUAAAGACGUACGCUCCUUGAAAGUGGAGCUCAAGGAACAGGAGCUAGCCAACGAGGUGGUGGUGAAAAACAUGCACCUGAAACAAGAGGAGGAGAUCACACAGCUGUGCAACGACUUUGAGAGACAAGUGAAAGAGAUUGAGGCCAAGUACAACAAGAAGAUGCAUGUGCUGCGGGACGAGCUUGAUUUGCGCAGGAAGACAGAAAUCCAUGAGGUUGAGGAGAGGAAGAACAGCCAGAUCAGCGUGCUGAUGAAGAACCAUGAGAAGGCCUUCAGUGACAUCAAGAACUACUACAAUGAUGUCACUCUCAAUAACUUGGCGCUCAUCAACACGCUCAAGGAGCAGAUGGAGGAGAUGAAGAAGAAGGAGAAUCACUUGGAAAAGGAGAUGGCAGACAUGCUGCUCCAGAACAAGCAACUGACGGAGUGCCUGCAGCGGGCCCAGGAGCAGGUGUCUGAGCUGCAGAAGAAGUUGACCCAUUAUGAGAAGGACAAGGAGGCUCUGACGAACACAAAAGCCCAUCUGAAAGUCACCCAGAAGGAACUGAAAGAUCUUCAGUGGGAACAUGAAGUGCUGGAACAGAGGUUCAGUAAGGUGCAGGCGGAGCGAGAUGAGCUCUACCAGAAGUUCACCAAAGCCAUUAAUGAGGUGCAACAGAAGACCGGAUUCAAGAACCUCCUCCUGGAGCGCAAACUAAAAGGACUCUUCAGCAUCCUGGAGAAGAGGGAGGUGGAGCUCAACGAGGUCCUCUCAGUCUCCAACCUCGACCCAAGCGCCCUCUCCUUGGUCUCACGCAAGCUGGAGGACGUGCUCGAUUCCAAGAACAACACCAUCAAGGACCUGCAGUUUGAGCUGGCGCGAGUCUGCAAGGCACACAAUGACCUGCUGCAGACGUUCGAGGCAAAGCUGACAGCCUUUGGCAUCCCUCUAGACAGCCUGGGGUUCAAGCCCCUGGAGAUCCCUAUGCUGGGGCAGACCGUGGGGCAGGGCCCCGCAGGACUCGUUGCUGCGCCCACGUGACACCAGCAAUCUCACGUUUGUGCGUUGUCUCUGGUCAGGCCCUCCUGCGAGCGUGGGAGGGCCCACUGCAUUGCUGGUGCCUGUGCUGGGCAGGGAGCAGGGCUGUGCUCUGUCUGUUCAAGCUCUGCACCAUUAAACAGACCCCAGCAAGCCUUC